UGUGACGCGGCACUGUAACAAAUUCCUAUGUACAGAUCAUGUUCACACAACUUCAUAUCGCAUUCCAAACACUUUGAAUCAUCGUUAAUGAUCAACAUUGCUUGUCCUCUGCGUUCAUACUACUAGUAUGCAUAUGUUGGUUUUCAGAUGCAGUGUCAAAUGGUGUCUCACUGCGUCAAGCCUCGACGUCACCCUGCCAAGUUUGAUCCACUCUCUAUACCCCGCACCACCACGUCAAGCCCCAACCAUGGCAUGUCAGAAGCCUCUUUUCCCAAAUAUCUUCGCAGUCUCUGUACUAAUAUCAACAUCCACACUCUAUGCCGCGUCAAGGCCUACUACAGUGCCGCGUCAACCAUAGCACAUACCGCGUCAGUUGCCGCGUCACAUGCGCGUCAGUGCCGCGUCAAAC